AGGUAAUGCUAAUGAACUGCAUAACAAGCAACACCGUUAGUAAUAAAAAUGUCUGAAACUGGAGAAGUUCGAGCUGUGGUUCCAUUAGAGUCCAACCCCGAAGUUUUCACCGAUUUUGCCCACAAAUUAGGUUUGUCACCUUUAUUAGAGUUUACCGACAUAUUUUCACUGGAUGAUCCAGACAUGCUGGCCUUCUUGCCCAGACCAGUUCAGGCUAUAAUCCUUCUCUUUCCAGUUACACAAGCUUAUGAAGAAUUUAAGAAUGCAGAAUCUGUAGAAGAGUUGAGUAGUGAUAAAGUGAUCUGGAUGAAACAAAUAGUCAAAAACGCAUGUGGACUAUAUGCGCUAUUACACGUUCUUUUGAAUAUACAAGAUGGCCUAAUAGUUCAGCAAUCUGCUGUUGCAAAUUUCCGGCGAAAUCUACUUCACGGAAAUGCUAAUCCCGUUACAUUGGUUCAAAACAUCGCAAAAGAGCUGUAUACCAACUACAGUCAACAAGGGCAAACAGAGGCACCUCCCGCUGAAGAAAACGUGGAAUUACAUUUUGUUUGUUUCGUGAAGAGACCGGAUGGGAUUUACGAACUUGACGGGAGGAGGAAUGGUCCGAUAUUGCUGAAAAAGACAACAGAUGAAAACGGUGAUAUUUUAAGUGAUGACUGCAUCAAUCAUCGGGUGAAAAAAUACAUGUCUCUUGUUAGCGGAGAGAAUGCACUCAAUUUUGCAAUGAUGGGAUUAGCUCCUUCGAUGAAUUGAUAAUCUAUUUGUACAGAACUAUUUAGCUUUAUGUAUUUUAUGUAGCUAAGGUGACGGUGUCAUUUUACGUUUCUUUUUCUGAUCAACCUCUUGUUUCAAUUUCUUUUUAGCGCCUUUGGCAGCUUUACUCUCAUCAUCACU